UUUAAUUUCCCUGUAAAUCGGAGAACAUUUUACAGAAAUCUUUGAACAAUGAAUCCUUGCUGCUGCUUGUCUUUCUGCCUUCCAGAGGUAGUUUCUUCCAGAGGAUGCUGGUGUGCUUAAGCUCCAGCUCUGCUUGGACAAGUUUACACUACAGCGGUCUUCUCCACUUCUUUAUCCUGCAAAAUACUUUUUCUUUUUCUUUUUUUAAGAAGAAAAAAAGGGAAAUAUUUGCCGGGUGAAGAAAGUGCAUCACUGCACGCAUAUGUCAAAUAACUUUGUUUGUUUUUUUUCCCCUUGUGUUGUUUCCAUCCCGGGUCUUGUGCGCCUUGGUGCGCCCAGCGGAGCAGCAGAUGAGUCCUCUCCGUGGCACCAUGUGGAUUAUUCUGGGGCUUGUUCUGGCAGCUGGCAGCGUUGGUGGCAGCUGGGGAUGUCAGUUACCCCACGACUGGAGACCGCAGACGGAAGCGUGCCGUGCGGAGCUGGCGGAGAUCAUCGUCUUCGCAAAGGUCCUGGCUCUGCACAAAGAGUCUUACAGCGUCUAUAACUACCUGCCCUGGCAGCACGACACCGACCUGCUCUUCUCCGCAGAGAUCGAGCUGCAGUGCGAUCAGUCCUGGGGCUCCAUGCUGGAGGUCCCUGCAGGAUCCAGGCUCAACAUCAGCGGUCUGGGAUACUUACCCUGCUUCACCUACAGCGUCACCGAAAACAACAAUUACUACUUCUUUCUAAGGAUGGAUGAAAACUACAACAUUCUUCCACAUGGAGUUAAUUUCCAGGAUCCCAUCUUCCCCGACACUCCAGAGAACCACCGCCUGUUUGCUAGUCUUUUCCAGUUUUCCAACUGCACACCUGGAACUCAAGUCCACAGCUUCAGCCCGGAGUGGGAAGCUCAAGAGGACAGCCGGCUGUUGUGCUCCACAGUUCAGAAAGCUCUGUUUGAGGAGGAGGAGAGAGUGAGGAAUCUCUCUCAGAAAGUACGUACCUUGGAGAAAGCAAACAGUCACCUGAAGGAAAAGGUGAAGAGUUUGAAACGUCUCCUACGACUGGCCCAGCGAGAAACAUCAAAGGAGCAACAAAUCUGCAGCCUUAAACAACUCCAUGAGUCACAUAUGCCCCAAACUCACCCUGACCAGGAGACUACCCAGGAUCAGAAGAACCAAGGCCUUAAAAAGGUCCCUUCAAAGAAGCUAAAAACAUAGGCAUCCUUUUUUUUUUUCUCGCCACAGCAGAAAGAGCUAUUUCAUAUUUCACAUAUUCAGCAUUAAAGCACACGAUGCAGCUUUUAAUGACAUGUUUGUUCUUUUAGUGCUGGACACGUCUUGCAUUUUAUCGAUAUUAUGUGCUUGCAGAUGAAACACAGAAUAUAUGCUGAAGAGGUAAACUUUGCAACAGUUUAAGAUUUAGAAAGUUUAAAAAAGAUGAAGCAUUUUAACAUCUUUUAGAUUUUUUAACCAUCUAUCUUUAAAACCACAAUGAAAAUGUUACAUGCUGACCUGUUAAGCACUUUUAUUACAAUCAACGUGUGGUUUAUUAUUACAAUAUUUUUACAAUAUUGCACAAAUCUAUCAUUUUCAAGAUCGCUAACGGAAUGAGCAAUGUUACACUGCUAAGUGUUGAGUUAAAAAUGUUUUUUUUUUUAAAUGCAAUACGGUGUGUUAAAACACUUCAAAGUCCCACGAGGCGUAAUGCCAUAAAGCUGUACAGUCCAUUUAAAUGAGAUACUGAUAUCUCAAGUUCAAUCUUUUUAAUUAUAUAUUUUUUUAAAGUUAACCUGUUUCUUUAUACAACAUAUGCAUGUGAACAAGUUUUUUUUUUUCAUUUCUUUUUUUUUCAGCUUUCGUUUGCCGCAGAUAAAUUCAAACCACGUUAUUUCUCUAAAUAAUCACUCUUUGAGUGAUUUUGUGUUUUCAGUUUACGUCCAAUUAAAGAGUCUUUCUGUAUUUGGUGCAGAGCAUCAUUUAUCUCCAUCCUGGUGAUGUACAGGAUCGGUUUAUUGUGUCAGAGAUGAAGGUUCAUUCUUGCUUUUCUACUUCUGUAACGUCUGUUUUUAAUAAUGAAUGAUGCAGCCUUUUUUAAAAUAAAUUAUCUUUUUUCAAAAACA